CGAACUCCCGUGCUACAAAGGGAGAAAGAACCCUUCUGCGCUACCCUAGCACUAUUCUUGAGCUUUCGAUCGAUUCCUUCGCUCGCUUCUUUCUGCCAGCGGUGUCAAGGCCGGCAAGGCUCAAGUUCAUGCCUAGAAUCUAUUAGGAACUAUGACGGCGAUGCUGCCAUAUGCCUCGGGGCCUGCAGCGCACAACCAUGUCCCCAAGAAGCGCCACUUGGACCCCACCCUAAUCGCAAUCCUCGUCCUCUCCUGUUUCCUGGCAUUCGAGCACUUUCACUUCCAGGGGCGCCUGAAAACGGUGGUGGAGCUGGAGACGUCGCUUUCUAGGCAGCUGUCCGAGCUCAAAGCCUCUCAGGCGCAGCAGAGUACCCAACUUCAGCGCAUCACGCCGAAGCUAGACCAGAUAGACAGCAGCGGCACCGGGCUUGAGCGACUGCGGGAUGAGGUGGCCAAGUAUAGCUCUAGCCUGUUGGACCUGAAGACCACGGUGGAGGAGCUGCAGGCAGCCAACUCAACUCAGGAGCUAGCGAAGGGGUUGGAGCAGCUGCGUGCGGAUGUGGCGGCGCUGAAGUCUUCUGCGUCGUCGUUUUCGUCGGGGGUGGCAGCCGGCAAUGGCACGGAGGCGGCGGCGCAGCUGGGCUCGCGGGUGACGCACCUGCAGGCUGACGUGGCGGCGCUGUCCUCCAAGCUGGACUCGCACAACAGCGCGCUCAAGACGCUGGCGGACCAGCUGUCGGCGCACCAGAACUCCACCAUCUCGGCGCUGCAGCAGCAGACCGCCGCCGUGAGUGAGGCGCUGGAGGCGCACCGCGAGCUGCGCAGCCGCGUGGACGGACUCAAGCAGGUGGGGCCGAGCGGGGAGACAGCGGCGGCAGCAGCCACUCCGGUGGCGGUGGUGCCGACCGGGGUGACAGGCGCGGGUGCGGGCGCCGAAGCCAACACCACCGCAAACACCGGGACCACGGCCAGCACGGAUGCGGCCACUGCGGGCGGUGCGGCAACGAAGGCGGAGGCCCUUCCUGAUGCGGGCAAGCUCGCGGCGGCGGCCGCUGCGACUGGUGCGGCCGGCGCUGCCGCCGGUGCCUCCACGGACACAGCCACUGCCGCUGGUGCUGCCGGCAACGGCACCGUCGCGGAGGCGGGCGCUGGUGGCGCGGUGGCGGACACGGCAAAUCGGACGGUCACGGCGGGCUCCUCCCUUGAGGAGGACGACCACCUGGCCCGGGACACUUCCGGCCUGACCCUCAUGAGCGAUGACACCGACGCCGCAGCUGCGAGCACUGUCGCGGGCAACACGACCAGCACUGCGGAUGCCGGGAACACCACCGCCACAGCCACCACCACUGCUGUAGGUGCUGGUGCGGCCGCAGCUGCUGCCAAUGCGACGUUGUCGACGGAGGCGGUCACCAACGCCACCUCGGCGGCAAACACCACCAACGACACCCGCACGACGCCGUCGUCAGGCGCUGCCGCCGAUUUCACCACCCGCAUCGGGUCCAACUGGAAUGUGAGCAUGGUCUCCAGCGCCACCUCCACCGACGCCGCCAGCAGUAGCAACACCACAGCGGCCGUCUCAAACAGCACUAGCGACGGCACUGCCGCCUCCAACAGCACAAGUAGCAGCACGGCCGAGGCGCUGGCCGAGGCUGCCCUGGCGCUGGUCGGCGUGACCGGCAGCAGCAGCACUGGCAGCACGACCAACGCGACCGCAACGGAGGCGUCGUCCUCAAACUCGACCUCGGCAGACGCCGCUGCCGGCGCGGCGGCUGCUAGCAACGGCACAGCCACCGGUGCUGCCAGCAGCAGCAGCACGACGGAGAGCGCGGCCGGCAACAGCACAUCCACAGCCUCCAGCGGCUCCACCACCACCGGUGCUGCUAGUGCCGCUACUGGUGGCAAUCACAACGCCUUGGAUGCCCUGCACGCUCUCGUGACCGGCACCAGCAGCGGUGAUAGCAACACCACUGCAGCCACAGCAGCCACCAGUGCCACGUCCACCAACACGACGGCCGCCUCGGCUCCAGCCCCUCCAGCAGCCUCCACCAACGCCACCACCUCCGCCAGCACCGACAGCAGCAACACCACAACCUCCGCCGCCUCCACCUCUAACAGCACAACGGCCGCGGCUGGGAGCAGUGCGCUCAAGCUAGCGCGCGAGGACAAGCACAGCCAUCAGCGGCCGCGCGGCAACCGCAUCGGCGCCGGCUCUAGCUCAGUUGCCGGGCGCCGUGGAGGCCACUUCGACCGCAUGCGCGAGGCCUUCACCAAGCAGAAGAAGCAGCACACGCUGGCGGGAGGCGAUUCCGCUGCUGGCAAGGCGGGCGCCGGCAGCGCGGCGACGGCAGCUGACGGCGUGGCGGACGUCGCGGCGGGGGCUGCCACUAGCGGCACGGCUGCCGACGAAAUGGUGGAUGAGGAAGAGGAGGAUGUGAUUGCGAGGCGGUAGAUGGUGGGGCAGGGCAGCACUUGCCCGCGCCUCAUGUCGGGUAAGGGCACGUCGUGGCUCUUAGUAGUAUCUUGAGUGCAAUGGUGAUCUGAAGGCGAGCAGGUGAUGUCGCAAGUUAUGGUGAUUCAUGACCAAAACGCAACGUCGUGCGGUGUCGUGUGCGACGAAGUGGGCACUGCAGCGUGUGUGAGGCAACGAGUGAUGAUGAGAUAUUUCUGUACACUCUUGGGACUGUACUCCUUGAAGAUGUGUCAUUCCUAGGUAGCGGGGUCGUGGGGAGUGAGCAACGUGAGCGUAGCGUUCAAGGCGUAAGAGGCCGAUGGAGUGGGGAGAAAUCGGGUGGCUGCCAAGGGGUGCCUCGUGUGACAUGGUACGCGCAGGACUGGGCGCCCCCUGUACGCGCCCUCAGAACGCUCAAAGCUGGGUGCUGCUGUCCAUCGCGCAUAGACACAUUAAGCCAUGUAGCAUGGGCAUGGAGUACAGGCUGGCGCGUCGGCGGUCGAAAGUGUCCCUGUUUCAGGUGUUGAUCUCUCCCUCGAUAGG